AUGUCCGUGGAGUCCCCGGGGGGCAAGCUCAGUGGAGCCUUGACCGCAAGCCUUAAACUCUGCCCUUUGUCUCUGUUUCCGUCCGAUGCUGUUAUCCUGGAAGGUUCCUUCCUAAAUCCGCGCCUUCCUCAGAACGGGAACCAUGUGCCCUUCGCAGGAAAGAACCGGGGCGAGUGGAGGCCGUGUGGUUCGCGGCAAAACUCCCAGUUUCCAGCCUUGAUACCUUCAGGCGAGAGGCCGGACGGGGCCCCGCAAGGAGGGUCGAACCGGGACUGCCAGAUCGACCAGCACCACCGCAACCAAUGCCAAUAUUGCCGGCUGAAGAAGUGCUUCCGCGUCGGCAUGAGGAAAGAAGCCGUCCAAAGAGGCCGGAUCCCCCCCAGCCACGCGAGCGCCAGCCCCAACGCCGUGCAUAGCGGGGACUACUACAACGGGCAGCCGGUCUCGGAACUGAUCUCCCAGCUGCUGCGGGCCGAGCCCUACCCCACCGCCCGCUUCGGCUCCCAGUACGCCCAGCAGGGCAGCGUGAUGGGCAUUGACAACAUCUGCGAGCUGGCGGCCCGGCUGCUCUUCAGCACGGUGGAGUGGGCGCGCAACAUCCCCUUCUUCCCGGACCUGCCCGUCUCGGACCAGGUGGCCCUGCUGCGGCUGAGCUGGAGCGAGCUCUUCGUCCUGAACGCCGCCCAGUCUGCCCUGCCGCUGCACAUGGCCCCCUUGCUGGCGGCCGCCGGCUUCCAUGCCGCCCCCAUGUCUGCCGACCGCGUGGUCUCCUUCAUGGACCAGAUCCGCAUCUUCCAGGACCAGGUGGAGAAGCUCAACCGGCUGCAGGUGGACUCGGCAGAGUACAGCUGCCUCAAAGCCAUCGCUCUCUUCACGCCAGGUGAGUCCCCCUCCCCCAGAAGGCCUUGACGCGCCAAGGAGGAAACGGGACCUGUGCCAGACUCUGCCCUCUCCAAGUAAACCAGUUUGACCUGGCUGGCACUUCGGAGCCAGGAUAUCUGGAAAUUGCACAGAUUUAGCAUGUGCUAAAUCAACUCCUGGGGCGGGACAAUAUCUUCUCUCCCCCUCACUUUGCCUCCCACUUAUUAUCCUCACCUGCACCAUUCUCCGUUCCCCAGUUCUGUUCCUAAGCCAGCACAACAGAUUUUCUCUUUUAGCCAUGAUGGUUUUUCCAUUAAAUUUUGUCCGGACCAGGGAGUGGAAAGGCCAAAGCAAUAACGGUUGGACACAAAACCAGGAAGGCUUCAGUCUGACCUCAACCCUGUAAAAGCCAAAGCCGUGGGAUCGUUUAAGGGGGCAGCGAUCCAGGGGGGAAGACGGAGAUCCCCCGGAGAAGGUUGAGAGAGGCAAAGUUUUGAGCGGCCUUCCGGGGGCAUUUCAUGCGCAGAACGCGCCCUGCCUCCCCCCCAUCUGCGCAGCUUCAGGGCGGCCUGGACCGAGCGGGGCUCUUCCUGCAAGGGAUCUCCGUUCUGGAGCCUGCGGGACUCGCUGCCCUCGGAUGAGGCGGUGAUGCCAAAUGGACAGAGAGGCAGGGAAGCAGCAGGGCUUGAAAAAAGGUGGUAGGUCUGGCCUCAUACGCCAAUUCCUGCUCAGAAGCAACGGGAACGCUCCCAGCAGUAACCCACGCCGCCCCCGUGUGAAACCGACUCGGUGGUUCCGCCCCCGCUCUGCAUCUGGGGGCCCUUCCCUCCGUGGACCCUUCUUUCUUCAGGAAGCAUUACAUCUUGCUCCCUGCCCCCCCACCCCGCCCCACCUUCCAGGCUGGGCUAGAAUUAAUCAUAGAAUUACCGAGAUGCCCCCUUGGGCUGGGGGGGCUUGCCAGGCGUUCGAGGAAGAAGCAGCCGAGGGCAAAGCAGAAGGAACGUGGGGGACUAUUGCAACCUGGCCGCGUGGGACCACGCCAUUUGACCCUGUGCCGUUGGUUCUUCCUCUGUUGUAAGAUGCAACAGCGUAGAAGACGGGGCUGCUCAGAACAGAACAGGACAGCUAGUAGAUGUAACAACAGCCUCAGAGUUUUGAAGCCUUCCGCGCCGACCGCACAAUUGUCGAUGACAUUGACCAGUGCAGGGGAGAGCUGAGAAGCGCCAGGAUGCGGCUGUUGACGGGGCAGCCCUAACUCCGCUGAAGGACGCGAUUUCCUCUCCCCCAAUUAUGGAGGGGCAGUCUGGAGAGGCUUGUCCAGCUUAGCCCUCUGGGAGAGAAAGUAGAUUUCCCGCCACCCCACUUAGGGAUGGGGGUCUGCAGAGGUGUGCCAGACGUUGGCUCUGUGGCCAGACCCGACACUUUCAUUGAAACUCAGCUGAGAAGCAGUAAAGCUGGUCCCCGGCCUCGCCCUCCUUUGCAUCAAGAGACGGUCCUCCUCCGGACGGUCCCCAGAACAGGGCCAGUCUCAAAGGGGGGCUUUCCAGCCAACACACGCCCCCCCCAUCACCUGGGAAUAAGACUGGUCAGGGUUCGCCUUGAAGGGCGCCUUCCGCUGGCCAAGGAGGCUCUGGGCACGAUCUGCCUUUGCCCCCUGCAAGGAACAGGAGGCUCCGAAGUGCAGCCCGGCUCUCCGCGAGGGGGAAAGAUCCAUUUCUACCCCAUGGUCAGUCAAAGGCAUCGCUUGACCCAGAUGGAAUCGAGCCUGGCGGGGCUGCGUGGGAAGCCCCAGGCAGGACCGAAGGCUCAGGCCGCUCGGACGGCAGGGAUGGACGAGUGAGGCUGGGAUGAUGCGCUCAGGCCGUGAGCCUUGCCCAAGGCGCUCAGGCCUCGGCUGCC